AUGGCCGUUGAAGUCAACCGUUUGCUCAAGAAGGAUGCAAAUCACACCAACGACAUCUCCAUCGCCAAGAAUCACAUUUGGUGCUUCUGUCACAAGCUGGCCCUCAUCCUCAAUGCUGGCCUCAAAGCAAUCUUGGUACCCCAACACAAUCAAAUCCCCACCAGCUCAGUGUUGGGUUUUGUCCCUGGGCUUUGUGCCAUAUCCAAGGAAUCAUCCUAUUCCUCAUUGGCCAAGCAAGCAGAGUUCAACACAUGGGUCAAAAAACUUGACUACAUGGGGACCACUCUGAUUGCAGGCUACGGAAUACAAUGGAAUAUCAACUUCAAGAGCUGCGAGAAGGUGUAUAUCACACGGAAUGUCAUCAACAAACUCAUUGAGAACGAGCAAGAUAGACAAGAUCACGAGGGAGGCAAGAACCACUUCAACGAAUACAAAAUCACACAAAGUGACUGGGACAUUGUCAAGAAAUUGAAUGACAUCAUCAGUGAAUUUUAUUACAUCACUAAGAAGAUGGAGGGUAACAUCCCAUCAGCAUCCAUGGUCCUCGCAAAAUACCGGCUCCUGCGACAAUACCUAGAGGACAAGCUCAGCACUGUCAUGGAGCCUUCCCCCGCGCGCAGUCCCUUCUUGAUGGUAAAUUCCAACAACGCAAACAGGCAGCAAGAGAUGAAGACACCCCCCCCACCCAAAAAGAACACCACCCUAGCCCCUGGUGGAGGACUGGAGGAAGAUGUUGACUUCUUUUUGGAUGCUGCGCCAGAGACCUACAACAAACUAGCAGUGUACCUUGGCGUGGUGGCGCUACUGGCACAAGAGUACCUGGCUAUGAGUGCUACAUCUGCAAGUGUGGAGCAAUUUCUUUUGGCCACAGUGGACAUUUGCGGGCAAGAUUGA